AGGCUCUUUGACUGAGUCUUUCCUCAAACCUCAUCAGCCUCUGUUCCUCACUGAGUGGGCCAACCCUGUUAUUAUGCUAAUCUCAUCUCUUGGAAGGAGCUAAGAAGAGUCUGCAGCCCAAUAAAUACAGCUGGUUGUAAACACUCAAGGCCCUCACUAAUGUUUGAAAUUUCUGGGGAAAAGAGCGGCUCUUUUAUAUUUCACCCAAAAAGGUUUUGUACCAAAUUGCAACCAGAAACUCGGAUUUUAAGAGAGCACAUUUUCACAGCUAUGGGCAGAAUACGCACGGAUUGCAUAGAGAGACUAUUACGCAUCUGCUUUGAAAUGGUGGGUCAUUUUAUUGGAUCUCAUCCCUGGUGGUUCUUGAUCAUCCCCCUCAUUCUCUCGGGAAGUCUGGGGAGCGGAUUUUUGCUUCUCAAGGACCGAAUGUCAGACGAUAUUGAAGAGCAGUUCACACCCGUCAACGGACAAGCCAAACUGGAGAGGAAAUACAUCCAAGAAAUUUUUCCAGGAAAUGUUUCCAUGUUUUCACGUUUACGACUGAGCACAGAUGGGAAUUAUGCAACUCUCAUAGCUACAAGUGACAGGAACAUUCUAACUGUGGAGUCGUUUCAGGACAUCCUAGACUUAGACUUUAAAGUUAAAAAUAUGGUAGUGCAGUCAUUUCAAUAUGUGGAUGUCUGUGCUGAGGUGAUGGGAUGCUGCACCUCUAAUUACAUUUUAGAUAUUGUUGAAUACAGUGCCAACAACAUAGACAAAAUCAAUUUGACGUUUCCGUGGUAUUACUCUAAUUCUAGGAGCAUUCCUUUAUAUUUAAAUUUGGGGAGUGUGAAAAUGUCCAAGGAGAGUUCAGUAGUUGAAAGUGCUAAAGCCAUACAGCUCCAUUACUAUUUAGAUGAGGACAACAAAGCAAAGACUGACCUUUGGUUAGAAAGCUUUAUUCAUUUGGUCUCAAAUGUAUCAUCAACUUCCAUUCAGGUGUCAUAUUCCACCUCCAUGUCAAUGCAAUGGGAAUUUAAAAAAUCACCAGCUUCCAUCGUCCACUUAUUCUCCAUCACCUACGCCAUUGCCAUCACAUUUUCGAUCAUAUCAUGUUGGAGGUUGGACAAUGUGAGGACAAAGGUGUGGGUGGCAUCCUGUGGGGUGUUGUCCACAGGUCUGGCAGUCCUGAGCGGUUUUGGUGUGCUGUUGCUGCUGGAUCAACCUUUUGUCAUGACAGUUGCCUCCUGUCCUUUCAUGAUAUUAGGUAUUGGACUGGAUGAUAUGUUUAUCAUGAUCUCUUGCUGGCAGAGGACCCGUGUUCUGGACAGCGUCCCCGCCCGGCUGGCCGACACCUACAAGGAUGCUGCCGUCUCUAUCUCCAUCACCUCCCUGACCAACGCUCUUGCUCUUUUACUGGGCUGCUGCUCGCCCUUUGGUUCAGUCCGCUCCUUCUGCCUGUACGCAGGGAUUUCUAUUUGCUUCUGUUAUCUGUACAGCAUCACCUUCCUGGGGGCAUGCAUGGCUUUGAACGGACAGAGAGAAGCAGAGAACAAGCACUGGUUCACCUGUGCCAAGAUUCCAGAAGACCUUCCAUCCAGGAAUUCCAAAGGUCUUAGUAUAUGCUGUGUUGGGGGGAGCUACGAUCGAAUGACAGAAAAAGAGGAAACUGACCCAAUGAGUUACAUGUUUGAGCGCUUCUAUGGCCCAAUGCUGACCCACAAAUUGAUGAAAGCUUUUGUAUUUUUCAUUUAUGCAGGCUAUCUGGCUGUAGGCAUCUAUGGUUGUUUUAUGUUAAAGGAAGGACUUGAUAUCAGGAAUCUGGCUUUGGAUGAUUCCUACAUCAUUGAUUACUACAACAAUCAAAGGCAGCACUUCUCUGAAUACAGCUGUAACGUGAUGGUAGCAGUGAAGCAGCCCUUCCCAUACUGGGAUGAGGAUGAACAAAAGCAUCUGCUCUCAUGCAUUUCAAAUUUUGAGAGUUUGAAUUAUGUCAAUGGCACUUUAGCCUGGUUUCUUUCCUUUCAACAACAUGUAAAAGCAUCCAAUCUCAAUAUAAGUUCUCAAGAGACAUUCCAAACAUAUCUGCGACGUUUCUUAGAACUCAAGCCCAUGUUCAAACAAGACAUCAACUUCACUGCAGACAAUAAGAUUCAGGCCUCUCGCUUUUUUAUUCAGACACUCAACAAAGUCCCAACAAAGGACAUGAUGACUGGACUCAGGAAAACAGCAGAGGAAUGUCCAGUAGAGCUACUGGUGUACCACCCUGCUUUCAUCUACUUUGACCAGUACACCGUCAUUAUGGACACCACCAUUCAAACCAUCCUGGUGGCUGUGAUCGUGAUGCUGGUCGUCUCACUCAUCCUGAUACCCAACCCUCUUUGUUCCCUGUGGGUGGCCUUUGCAAUUUGUUCAGUCAUUGUUGGUGUGACAGGGUUCAUGGCGCUAUGGGGUGUAAACUUGGACUCCAUCUCUAUGAUCAAUCUGCUCAUGUGCAUUGGUUUUUCUGUGGACUUCUCAGCACACAUUUCUUACUCUUUUGUCUCCAGCUCCCAGAGCGAUGUGAAUAAGAAAGCCAUGAAUGCAUUGGCCCAUCUAGGCUAUCCGAUACUCCAAGGAGCACUGUCAACUAUUUUGGGAGUGGCGGUGCUGUCCGUGUCAGAGAGUUACAUCUUUAGGACAUUCUUUAAGAUUGUUUUUCUUGUGAUUACAUUUGGGAUGCUCCAUGGCUUAGUGUUCAUUCCAGUGUUUCUGACUCUGUUUGGAGCCUGUGGGAAGUGGUGUUAAAGUAGGGUUGUCCAGUUUAUAAAUUACCUUUUUUAAAGGCAAACUGAAAUUUGAAAUCUUCACAGUUUGUGUGUAAAGAAAUAUAAUCUACAAUG